AUGGACCAUCCCACUUCGCCUUCCCCAAUUGAUCGGCCAGCCAAGAGACAGUGCCGAGUAUCCCAAGCUCCAGAGGAUAAACCCAAGUUGGAAAACCAUCCAGAGCAAGCCUCAAACGGCACAACCAUCGAACCCAAGAUCCCAGUGAGAACACGGGGUACCCUUACGGCGGAGUUCAUGAAAGUAGUAAACCUCAAUGACUCCCUCGCUACACCAGUCCUCAAAUUGCUCGACUUGUACUUUUGCCUAUGGGAAUGCUACGUCGUCAAAUCGGCCCAGAAAAUACGACUCGAGGAGGAGCAGCGACAGCUUCAAGCGUCAAAUGAGUGGCUAGCAAGCGACAGCGACAUCCUUCUACAGCUCUGCGAUGAACAAGUAUCAGUAUUGUGGGACCGCAGACGAGCGGUUCAGGCUCUUUGUAAUGGUGUUGUUUCAGCCUUGGAAGCGAGCGAUCUUCAAGCCUACUCUGUCGAUGAGCCUGAGCCUUGA